CUACUCUUUUGCACGAUUUCGCAGCCGGCGAUGGAGUCCAAUUCUUCCAUGAGAACGAGCAGAGAGUCCCGAGUAAUGGAUAAGGAGCCGCAGAAUAUAAUUGUCAAAGUCCUGGGCAUGGGUGGGAGCAGCAUCCUGUUCAGAAUUAAUCAAGCUACCCCAUUGCGGAAUGGCUUCUCGCAACCAUCUCGACGAUGACGAUGACUUCGGCGGCGAUUUCAGUGGAACCCACAACGGAAGGCGUUCGGGUAAUAAGAGAAGCUUUGGGGAUCUUGAGGACGAUGAGGACGAUCUCUUUAGUUCGAAGAAGGGUAAUUCGAAGGUGGAAGAAACCACAAUGAUUUUGUCUCUUCGUGAGAGCCUUGAUACCUGCAGGAACGAUCUUGCGACAUGCCAAGCGGAGCUUGAAGCGGAAAAGUUGGAGAUUCAAAAGUGGCAUUCUGCAUUUGAGAAUUCGUCUUUCAUACCCUCAGGGGCAUCUCCCGAACCUAAACUAGUCAUCAAUUAUCUUCAGACUCUGAAAUCAUCGGAGGAGACAUUGGAGUAACAGCUUGAGAAAGCAAAGAAAAAGGAAGCAUCCUUCAUUGUUACAUUUGCCAAACGAGAGCAGGAGAUAGCAGAAUUUUAGUCUGCAGUUCGGGACUUGAGAGCACAACUGAAGCCACCAUCAAUGCAGGCAAGGAGAUUGCUACUAGAUCCAGCAAUUCAUGAGGAAUUUACUCGCUUGAAGGUGAGAUAAUGUGCAAAUGCUCUUUUUUCUCAUUUUGAUGGUUGGGGCAUAAGUUACCUACACUACUCGCAUUUGGUUACUUCAUAGAGGGAUAUCAAGUGAAAUGGUUAAGUAAAUAUGGAGGUGCUUUAACAUGGCUUAGGGGAUUUGUUGUGGUUGAUUUUUGGCGGCCGAGACGAAUGGAGUUGAUUGGGGAGCAUCGUCGAUUAAAUGCUAAGUUGUUCCAUGACAUCUUUUGGAGUACCUAGUUCAUGAAGCAGAUGGAUUCUAGCUUUAUAGUCAGGUGAGUGUAAAGAGGGUAAAUUCUAAGCCUUACGUAUUCUUUCAAGUUUGACGAGCUUUAAGUAUUUGAUGAAGUGAUUGUUAUUGCAUGAUUGUGUUUAUGAUUGGUGAUAUGUGCUUUGUUUGAGCUAUGUUGGGAGUGUAUAUGUAGGAGUUGUUAUUUACUUUAAAGCUUUACAUUUAGGAGUUAUUAUUAAAGAGUAAGAAACAAGUUCUUUUAAAGAAGUAACUCACCUUCAAGAAGGUGAAGUCGUUUUAAGUGUUUUUAGUCACUAGCGCCAUUCCGUUGCCAUUUGAGACAUUUUGAGAUAGAGCAGCAGUUAUGCUCUUGAGAUUUUUAAGAUGAGCAGCAGUUAUGCUCUUGAGAAUCAUGGUGAAGAGCCACCACGAUAAGUUUAAGAUGUUAGGGGGAUGAAUCGUUACGACUUCCCUAACUAAGUUUAAGUUUAAGGAAAGCCUGGAUGGCUUCUCAUACGUAUGAGUUGGCAACCGGACUAGUUAGUGAGGGAUCCCCGUGUCAGUCAAGUAUUUAAGUCAAGAUUUGAGCUUUAAGAGAGGAGAGUAACUUCAACUCCCUCAAAGUUUAAGAGUUAAGAUUUUAAGAUUGGAAGUACAAACAACUUCCACUAGUUAAAGUUAAGUGUUUAAGUAAAGUGCUUCAAGUAUUAGAAGUAUUAAAACGUAAGGGCGUAGACUGACCCCAACUUACUUACCAGGCCUUAGUAAGGGAAUGAGCGAGAACCAGAUCGGUAGCAGCUAGCUAUAGGAGCAGUUAGAAAGCAGCGAGUUCGAGAGGAAAAGUUCUAGAGAAACCAGCUAGAGGAGAGCAGUGCAAGCAUCACGGAGGAUGCCUAGUUAAGAUUUUCAGUAGCAGCAUCGACCGAGACUACCUAGUUAUUUACAUUUUAUGAUUAUGAGUAUAGACUGGAGAACAUAUUGAGAUUUAAAGUUUGAGUUUAAUUUACCCACGUGUUAGGGCUUUGUUCUGAACUACAAGUGGGUGUUUUCAGUAUUUUAUUUAUGAAAAAUUUUCCCGCUGCAAUUUAAGAUUUGAGUAUUUUAUUUAUCAAGGGCAUUUUAGUAAAAGUAGUACUCAGCCGGGUUAGGGUGUUACAAUUACUAAAAGUGAUAAAAGAGAACUUGUUAAACCAAUCGAGUGAGUGUAUAGUUAGUUCAUCGCUUAAACCAUUUUAUUUAUCUAUAGAAUUAAAAUACACAAUCAGGUUCAUCUUCACUUAUUUACAUAUAUUUUUCAUACAAAUUCAUUAUACAUAAAAAAUGAUUUUGAAUCUUCAUAUCAAACUAAAUCUCAUCUUAUGAUUAUUGGAUCUAUAUGAUAUGAGCAAAAGGUCUAAGGCUAUUGGUCAACUGGACUGAAAAUUAAUACUAAUUUAAGAAUUAUAUAUCGCUUUAAAUGUUCAAUACUCAAAUUCAAUAUGCAAUAUUCAAACAAAUGAUAUAUGAGUUUCAACCCUUCCUAAAAAAUUUUAGACAAAAAAGUCUCCCCCAUCCCCAAACACACGCAGACAUUUGCAAAAAAAAAAAAGUUUCAAUUUCUUCUUCACUUUACAUGCUUCUAAAGUUAUUGUUGACGUUGUUUGUUAUUAUUGUAAGUUGUAAAAAAGACUUUUCAGCUAUGAAGCUAAUCAAAAAUUAUUUUAUAAAUGAGUGUUUAGUUGUAUACAUUGAAAAAGGUUUUAGUCUCAAAAUAAACAAUUAAUGUAUUUUAUAGACCUUUUAGAAUCUGAGUCGUCACACGUUGAUGUGAAAAACUACUCAUUAAUUCAAAUUUUAUAUGUUAUUCAUAUAAUAUAAUAUUUUAUUUUUAUCAAAUGAAGUAUUUCUCCAUAAAACAUGAGGUAUUAAUGCUUGUACAGGGUCGAUCCAUAUACAUUGUCUUCAUGGUAUGCUCUAACUGUGUUAUGCUAGCUCGAUCAUGUGCCUGGGUAUAGGUAUAUGCAUUCUAAUAAUUAAGUUUCUACCUAUUCACAACACCGAGAUAAAUAACAGUCAUAAAUGCAUCUAGUAUUUGAUUUUGACUACCUAAUAAAAUACUACAUUUAAACCAACUACUACUGAUGUCACAAAUAAUAAGUAUACCUCUAAAUCAUACAUAAAAUAUUUCAAACAUCAGAAUGAGACAGAAUGAGGCGGCGCCGCGGGCAGCUCAUGUCGUCGGGGAAGAGAGUCCUAUUCUGAGAUUGACCGGGGCUCAAUUCGCUAGUUUGAAGCUAUUUUUAAGCUCACCUUCGCCUGCUCCGGACCCUACUGAACAUAUGGCGGGUAAUAGUUGACUCGCUAUGACACAACUCCUAACAAAGGCCAAGUGUAACCAAUGAAAGGGACUGCAGUAUAGUGGCUCAAGUAAUAAAUAUCGAAUCCACGGGUCUCUAGACUUACUAUUACUCAGCUUCAGUUCAUUAUCUAGCAACCAGAUUUAGAUAGAACAACUAAAACUACUCUAGCAAACUACAGUUAAAGUUAAUCUAAUUACAUGUUGGGAAACUCACUUAGGUAUGAUUCCCCCUAGCCACUAGCCAGAUUAAUGAUUGAUGAUCUCUAACCUGUUUCACUUUCAUUCACAAUGCGGAGAAUCCUUAACUAUACCUUGAGUCUCGACUAAAGGAACAAGGCCCUCUUGAUUCAAUAGCCUAGAGGGACGUAUCCUUCUCUAGAACAACCGAUCAAGGUGUUCUAAACUAGAUUCCAUCUAUCGAAUGAGAUUCUCAAUCGAUACAAAGCAGUGAAUCGACCCUCGACUAAAGCAAUCGAUCCAAUACUAUCAAUCUAUGGUGCUCUAUUGACCUAAUCAGGUAUUCGCUCUCAUAGGAUCAAAGCAUAAUCAAUAAUCUCGACUAAAGCAUAAUUAAAUCAUGAAAACAUGCAUAGAUUGAAUAUGAACUCAAGAUUAUCAAGUAAGUGUACUCAUACAAUCAUCCAAUCAAACAAACAUGCUAGGUCCCUCAAAACCUAAGUGAAGGGAAGUUACUCCAUAGAGAAGAGAGAGACUGCAAUAAGAAUCUUCAGAUGAUCAGUCUCCACGUCCGGACUUGUUUCUCGAGCUUCCAAGGCAAAGAAAUCCUCCAAUUCCACUCCAAGAUUGCCCUCAAAUCGCCCUCUCUCUCUCUCUUUGGUUCGUCCCUUGGGUGUUUGGGAACCAAAACUCAGCUCCCCCCCUCCAAAACACACAAAACAGGCUUUUAACAUCCUGCGAUCGCGAAACCCGGUCCAAAUACCUAGUUGGGUAUUAAGGGAACCGGUCGGGUAUCAACAAAAUGCUCCGGUUCAUUUUCUGGGCAAAAGGGAAAAUACACAGUCGGGUACGGUUCACGACCGGGGGGCCUUCUAAUGCUGCCAAAAAUACCCUAUCAGAUGUUCAAAAUACCCGGAUAUUUCACAGUUUCGGGUCCGCUGUCUUUGAUUCUUCGUUUCUCCCUCGUUCAGACUCCAAAUCAGGUGCCGUUUGAUCCCAGACACUCGUAGUCUCGUCCUAUUUCUUCUCAUGACAAGCUUACAUGAUUAUUUGGUCACAAAGUGAGGUAUAAAUCCAUUCUUCUUCAAUUCAUGCCCGAGUUUCUUCCCCCGAGUCGCCAAUUGAUCUCCGUUUGUCUUGAAACUUGCACCUAUGCUUCACUUUAUAUGCUAGGACCUGAAAUGUGACAAAGGAACACAACCUAGGGUAAAAUAAGCCAAAGAAGCGAUAAUGCAAGAUUGAACGAUCAAGAAACAAAGGGAAACACAUAUGCAAAUAUCGAGUCAUCAAUAGUACUGAUCCUUAUGAAUGGCUUAUUGACUCAGGCUGCAAUGAACACAUUAUUAGGGAUGCUAGUUAGCUUGAUGGGUUAGAUAGUAGUGGCACUUACUCUUCAUUUCGGAUUCCUAAUGGUCGGUGUAUUCCUGUUAAGGACUUCGGUUCUGUGGUGUUGAAUGAUCGUCUCACAUUAUGUCGUGUCCUUCAUGUUCGUGAUUUCAAAUGAAACCUUCUAUCUGUUAGUUUCCUUACACAAGACCAUGAUAUUGCCUUACUCUUCGUGGCUGAUUUUUGCCUUCUGCAGGACUCACAUUCCAAGACCGUGAUUGGACUGGGUCGCCUUCGUGAUGGCCUCUAUAAUUUGCAGCGGGGAGGUGUGGGCGUUGGUUGUCCUGGUCGUGAUGUAACGGCGUUCGCAGCUAGUCAUGAAGUGGUAAAUCUAUGGAAUCAUCGUUUAGGGCAUCCUUCUUUUGAGAAGCAUUCUCGUUUGCAUGAUGUUUUGGGAAUUCAGUCUUUUCAUUUGGUUAGCCGCAUUGUGACUCUUGUUGCCAAACAGACGUGUACUAUUUAUCCUUCCAGUUCUAGCACAACUCAUGAUUGUUUCGAGUUAAUUCAUGUGGGUAUUUGGGGUGGCUAUCAGACCCCUUCUUUGGAUGGUUCUCGUUUUUUCUUGACUAUCGUUGAUGACUUCAGAAGAGCUAUUUGGAUUUAUCUGCCUAAAUAUAAAUUCGAUGUCGAGCAGUAUCUUUGUUCCUUUUGUUAGAUGACCAUCACUCAGUUCAAGCGACAGGUGCGGCGAAUAUAGGCUCACAAUGGGA